AUGUACUCAUUUGAACUGGACAAAUUGAAAAUUGAGCUGAAAACAUGGGAGCAUGAUUUCAUUGAUAAAAAUAAAAGGGAACCCACAAGGGAUGACAUCAAGAGCCUGCGGACUGUUCGGCAGAUGUAUAAACAAUAUUCCACACUGAAGAAGAAACAAUCUUUGCAACGACAAAAAGUUGACACUCAAGAGUCGGUUGAACUCCCGGCACAUAAAAAAGACCACGACGAAGUCGUAGAGAUAGGCCCUACUCCCCAAGUUUACGGUAAGGCGAUUAGUAUCUUUGACAUGAAUUUGUCGCCUAUAAAGCCUAUAUACAUGACAUUCACAAAUAAUAUUGAUGUUAACAAUGAUAACUCCAAGACAAUUUCUAAUGAAUCUUCUCCACGAAAAACUAUUCUCCUAAAAUCGUCGCCUGCAGAUCGUACGUUAGUGGCGGAACCAAUAUCCAGUGUGAAACGCCAAUUAAACUUUCAAAUGCUAAACGCUUCUUCUACACGUACUCCGACUUCAUCACCAUGCAAGAAUCGCAAUGGGAAGUUGGUAGAAAUCAAGAAAUGUAGUCCAACUAUUAAUCCUCCACUAGAAUCUGGCAAACCAUCGGGGUAUUAUGGACCUAAUUCCCCGCUAAAAUUGGAUGAAGAAAACAUUCACCUAAACAUCUCACUUAAUUCAAGCACUAAACGCCGGCUUCAAAUAGCAUAUCCAUCUUUACAGAAGACUCCCUCAAAGGAUCAAGCGGAUAUUUCAACUUCAUUUAGUCCGUCUCCACUCAUUAGAAGACCACUGACGAAAUCCCUGAUAGAAUUGGCCAGGGAACAUACUGAAAUUGUAAAAGAAUUUGGUGUCUUACAGGAAGAAGAUAUUGAAGAGGAAGAGGAAGGAGAAGAAGGCGAGAAUGGUUACGAUGAGAAAAACCACGAAGACGACUUUGGGCUAGAAGAUGAACUAAUUAGACCAAAAGUUGUGAAGGACAUAUUUCAAGAGGAUGAUGAUAAUGAUGAUAGCCAAGCAAGGGAAGAUACCUUCAUAAGAAAGAGACCCAAAAGAAGAAAGGUUAUCAGAAGAUUACGAGACAAUGAUCCAGAAACCGAGACCGCAGGUUUUGAGAGAGAUGUCCAUAAGGAGCUGGUGAAACUCAAAAGAAGGAAAGUGGCAGAAUUUUUGGGAUCCACCUCACAAAUCUCUGAUACUGAAUUUGAACAUGAUCCGGAGGCAAGCAGCGGCGUUGUAAGCUCAGAGCAAAAGCCUACGGCUAAGCGAAAGGGUAGAAAGAAGUAUAAUCUAGUGAGCAAUAACUUCAGAAGACUAAAACUGCCAAAGAAAAACCGAUUCUCUAAUGGACGAUGGGGAAGAAGGUGA